UUAAGAUUAAGAUGUUUUACUCCAGAAACGUUUGAGAACAAUUUCAUUGUUUUAAUGUUUAUUAGUGAAGAUGCUGACAUAUAUUUAUAUUAGCAAUUUCCACACAUUUUAAGCCUUUUUCUGUAAUUUAUUCCAAUAUUAAUAACAGCAUAUUUGCAAAGUAAUUCUUAGUCUGAUAUAUUUUUACCUUCAGUCGGUGAAUUUAUCUGUGAAUAAAUGAGCUGAAGGAUUGUUUUACAUUCUGCAGGUUGAAACGUCAUUCUGACAUGAUUCUAAAAUAAUAAUAUUAUUGGUAAUUAAUCUGUUCGUAGCUGAAAACUGAAGAUUUGUCUUCAGAUCUGUCCGCUGAUCGGCAGAAAUGAGGCGAGCAGGGCCGCAUGCAGUACCGGCCAGCCGCCGCUAGAGGUCAGGGCUGGACAGAACCAGGAGGAAGUUCUGUGGAGUUCUGCGGUUCUGCUGCUGAUCCAGGACCAGUUCUCCGGGUUUUAAAAGACUGCAGGAAGCUGUGGAAUUUGCGCCACUUUUUGCACAAGUUAAGCUGCAGGUAAACACUCAAACUGAUGCAAAGCGGAGUAAUUUUGCCGCAGAUGGAUCCGAACUGCAUGAACUGAAGCGGCUGGUUUGGUUUUAAAAUGACGCCUGAAUGUGAGAGAUCAGCGGGAUCAGGAGGAGGAGCGCAUCCUGGAAGCUCCGCAGCAUCCCGGUGAAACUUCCUCCUCCUCCUCUUCCUCCUCCUCCUGCUCAACUUCUCGUCCUCUCCGCUCCUCCGGGUUCAAACUUUCCCUCCUCCUCCUCCUCUUCCUCCCUAAGCUGGACGCUUCUCUCAACUUCUCCUCACUUUGAGUUAGUCUGCGCUGCGUGGAGGUGAAAGUUUGCCCGCCGCCGCCCCGCGCCGCGCCGCGCCACGCACCGCGCGUCCCGCAGCAGAUGGGAAUCCACGUGUCUGGAGCCGCUUUUCCUCUCCGAAAACAAAGUUGAGGCGCUUUGGAGGGAAGAAGAAGAAGAAGAGGAAGAGGAGCGGAGCGCGCCUCAGUUGGCCAUGGAGACCUCGUCGCCGUCAGCCGCACAGAAAAAGGACAAAAUGGACGGCAGCAGCUUCAGCGACCUCCCCAAGAAGCCGUCGCCCUCGGAGACCAGAGCGCCGCAGCACCUCUUCCCCACCUUCCACACGCCGAUCCCCAUCGACAUCCGCCACCAUGAGGGCCGGUACCACUACGAGCCACACGCGCUGCACGCCAUGCACAGCCCUGCAGGUCUGACCGGCAGCCCCGUCAUCUCUGACAUCUCCCUGAUCCGCCUGUCGCCCGGCGCCAUGGCGACCGGCGAGUCGCCGUUCAGCCCGCCUCACCCRUACGUCUCGCCCCACAUGGAGCACUACCUGCGCCAGGUGCACGGCAGCCCCACCCUGUCCAUGAUCUCAGCCGCCAGAGGCCUCAGCCCAGCAGACUGUGAGUCAGACCAGUACCAGCUCACGCAGGUUUACCAGUUCAGCUUAUUGGUGAUGAUCAGUCAGAAAGUGAACGAGUUGGAGCGCCGCUUGUUUUCCUGGGAGCUGAUUGAUUUUAGCCAUAAGUUGCUCCAACCUCCUACCUUUGUGUCCUCAGUGUCCCGGUUYUCCAGCCCCAGACUGACGCCCAGGCUCAGCAGGAAGAGGGCGCUGUCCAUCUCGCCACUGUCCGAUGCCAGCAUCGACCUCCAGACCAUGAUCAGGACUUCGCCCAACUCCUUGGUGGCAUACAUCAACAACUCCCGGUCAAGCUCAGCCGCCAGCAGCUCCUACGGACACCUGUCGGUUGGGGGACUCAGCCCGUCGUUUCCCUUCCCUCACCCCAUCAACUCCAUGGCCUACCAGCAGCUCCUGUCCCAGCAGCGCAGCCUCAGCGCCUUCGGUCACAAUCCGCCCCUCGUCCACCCUCCACCCACUUUCUCCAGUCGCCARCCGGGCCUCGGCCUCUCCUCCCUGCCCACCUCCACCCACAACAACGACGUGUCAUCCAAGGUAAGAGCCCGUUUUACAUUAAAUGUAGAAAACGAGCUCCAUUUGGACUUGAAGGAAUGUCGGUGUAAUUUAGGAUAAACCUCUCUGAUUACCGCCCCGUCCUCCAGCGACGUCAUGCUGCAAACUCCUAAAACAACCGUUUAUCCAAGCCUUGAAUCUUGCAGCUCCGGUUACCAAAUAAACCUGGACUCUCUGCAGAACCAGUACAGCAGCGCUCAGGACCUGAAGGAGGACGUGGAGCGAGACGAGUGCAAGCAGGAGGCCGAGGCCGUUUACGAGACCAAUUGUCACUGGGACGGCUGCAGCCAGGAGUACGACACGCAGGAGCAGCUGGUGCAUCACAUCAAUAACGACCACAUYCAUGGAGAGAAGAAGGAGUUCGUGUGCCGCUGGGACGACUGUUCGCGGGAGCAGAAGCCCUUCAAGGCGCAGUACAUGCUGGUGGUUCACAUGCGCCGGCACACGGGGGAGAAACCACACAAAUGCACGUUCGAGGGCUGCUCCAAGGCCUACUCCCGCCUGGAGAACCUGAAGACCCAUCUGCGCUCUCACACCGGGGAGAAACCCUACGUCUGCGAGCACGAAGGCUGCAACAAGGCCUUCUCCAAYGCCUCGGACCGGGCCAAGCACCAGAACCGGACGCACUCCAACGAGAAACCGUACGUCUGUAAAAUCCCGGGCUGCACCAAGCGCUACACGGACCCCAGCUCUCUCAGGAAGCACGUGAAGACGGUUCACGGCCCAGAGGCCCACGUCACCAAGAGGCAGCGCAGCGACCUGCCGCCCAGACCACCCAGGGAGAACGGCGAGAACGAGAGAGCCGCCAGGCUCCACAGGGAGGACAAGCUGUUGGAGAACAGCUCCCCCAGAGUCACGGAGGAAUACCUGCAUGUGAAAUCCAUCAAGACAGAAAACCCUGUGAUGUAUCAGUCCAGUCCUGGCGGUCAGUCAUCAUGUAGCAGCGAGCCGUCACCACUUGGCACCAACAAUGACAGUGGAGUAGAAACGGCGGCGCACAGCGGGGGGAGCCUGGGGGACCUCAGCGCGCUGGACGACCUGCCGUUCCUGGAYUCUGUGGAUUUCUCSGGCGGGGUCGCAGCGGUCGGCCUCCAUCUCAGAAAGCAGCUGAGCAGCAGCCAGUGCCUGGAGAACCUCAAGAAGGAGAAGCUGAAGGCGGUACGGGACUCGUGUCGGUGGGCCAACAACCCAACACCCCCUGCUCAUCAAGGGACMACGCUGCCGCCUAUACCGACAAGCGGGUCCCUCCUGGAAAAUUCAAGUCUGUGUGGAGAUCCAGCCUCCUUCCUCGGCUCUGGCAAAAUGACUCUGCUGGGAAACCUUUCUGAGCGCCGAGACAGCACUUCCAGCACCUUCAGCUCGGUCUACACGCUCAGCCGCCGCUCCUCAGGCAUCUCCCCUGGUUUCUCCAGUCGACGCUCGAGUCAAACUUCUCAGUUUGCUGCCAACCGCCUGACAAACAUCAGCUCAGCUGACUCCUACGACCCCAUCUCUGCUGAUAUUUCUCGGCGCUCCAGUCAGGCCAGUCAGUUUGGGGGGAAUAACAGCGGGCCUGGCCUUGCCGGCCCUCUUACCCUUACCCCAGCCCAGCACUACCGACUGAAAGCAAAGUAUGCUGCUGCAACUGGUGGUGCACCUCCUACACCCCUUCCAUACCUGGAUCAAUCAUGUCUGAAGGAUUUCAAUGAGUACUCGUCCAAAAACAACCUCCGAUCCUUGCAGUUCUGCCAGGAACGAAGCUUGAUGCCCCAUGAAGUUCCUUCCAACAUUCCCCGUCGAGCCAGUGACCCUGUGCGACCUUUAGAUCCUCUCAGCCAGCCUCCUCUACAUCGGUUCAACAGCAUGGUCUCACUCAACCGAAGGGUCUCCCUGCAGCCUCAUCCCCCUCUUGCAAAAGAUCACAGACGCUUAUCCCAGCAAGGAUAUGCACAACCGAACGUCAGUCCUCAUGGUUUUCCUCACAGACUACGACCAGCGAGCAUUUCGGAAGACAUUACCAUGCAGGCAAGAGGGUGCAAUGGGAAUUCCUCUGGUCAAGGAGAUUUCCACGGAGCUGCCGGCAGCCAGCAGCAGCUGUACAAUCAGAGACGGAUGGAUGGGGCAAACAAGAGUCCACUCAUGAGUCCGUCCUCACCACACAGCGGUGCUGCUAGUGGGCAGUGGAACAUGGACACCACCCAGCARUAUUCCAGGCUAGAUCACCAUGGGAAUCUGAUUGUUGUCCAACAGAACCAGAACUCUGGGUCUUUCAGURGGACYUCCCAACAGCAGACAGCCCAAAACUUCAUGCAACCUGGACAACACCUCUUCCAGCAGUCCUCAAACCUCAAUGAACCUUCUAGCCCUCAGUACAGGUUCAGACAAAGUUCGUAUGACAGGAAUGGCAACGCUCCGUAUCCACCCUGUGGGAACAUCCUGCACUGUAAGGAGGAGCCAGCUGACAUGGACUUUGGUCAACUCCAGCCUGCGCAAAUAAAAACUGAGAGUUGCGAUUCAUCCACCAUGACUUUAGACCAACAGAACUGUAACAUGACUGGUUUCCAGACCGGGAAUCAAAACCAUCCCCAGCUGAGACCAACAGAACCUAACUCUCCAAACGUCUCAAUGCCGAAGGUGUUGCAGCAACCAGAYGAUUCCCAGCUCUCCUCUAGCAGAGUUUCUGAACUCCCUUACAUCUCUGAGGACAACGCUCUGUUCUACACGGGCCAGAUCCGAGUCCUGGAGCCCAACGGGAACCUGGACUAUCACGUUUCCCUCCUGGUGAGCUCUCCUCCAGCUGCUCCAACYGACAACCAGGGGAGCAGGACUGCACCUGAGCACCCUCAGAUAGACUUUGAUAGCAUGCUGGACGAUGGGGAUCAGUCCAGCCUCAUGUCAGGAACCCUGAGUCCAGGGCUGCUCCAGAGUUUCUCCCAGAGUUCGUCUCGCCUCACGACGCCCCGGAGCUCGGUGACGAUGCCCUCAGUGCCAACGGGAACCGGAAACAUGGCCGUCGGGGACAUGAGCUCACUGUUGAGUGCCCUGGCUGAGGAGAACAAGUUCCUCAACCUGAUUAGCUAACGGUCUGGACAUCAAACUGUGGACUAAAAACUGAGCUUUGAAUUCAUCCGUCUCCCUUGUGUCCUUGUUCAUCCAGCUGUAAAUUAUUUUCUAAUUUUCACCAAAAGCCAUACCUCUGUUCUUGCCUUAGGAUGUGAAUAUGAUGUAAAAAUUAGCCGUGGAAUAGAGGUGAUCUUACUGAAGUGCCUGCUGGUGGAAAUACGAGCCUGGACUGCAAGACGAYGGGUUCAGAGGUCACCGAUGAUGUUCCUGAAUCAUUUUAUGACACAAUGACUGUGACCAACCUGCGACUGGAGGCAGGAACAGCAGAGGACUUUACCAGAACAUAAAUCUGUCGUUAGACUGCAGCUCUUCCUGUUGUACAUUACUCCUGUUUUCUGUGUAAAUACAAUUUGUACAUUUUUAAUAAACAAGAAUUAUGGAUUUUUU